GGAUUAUGGGUAAUGUAUUUCCUUUCCUAAAGGUUGGUCAGGAGAAACCUUCGCCAAAGGAGGCUUAAAGGAUGCAUCCGGGCACCUUUCCGAAGCGUUUUUAGAAUUCGAACGACUUAUUAGCCAAGCACUUUCCGGCCAACUAAGAAAGGAAAAGACAAGUUCCUGAGGAAAAACGAGAAUCCGAAGAGGCCCGAGGAGAUCGACAGACGAGCGAGACCACCAAAUCUUCCAGAAUUUGCACUGAACGUGCUGAAGUCUGACACAUGACGUCCGUAGCCUCCUUUACUGGACUAACAUAUCACUCGUUCCAUGUUCGUGUCCGUUUCAAGUCGUCUCGCUGCACGUUGAAGCGUCUCGGCCUAGCUUAGCCUAGCUUGCUAGCCGCUAACAGGAAACGGAUGUUAGCCUCGAGUCGAUAGCCAAAGCUAAUGAUGGCUCACGGAAUGGCAGCGACACAAAAUGAAGCUUCAUCGCUUCUCGGACAACAACGGUGUGCUAAUGAGCGCUUUAUUCAUCAGAAAAACAUCAAUGAAGAGCUUCGUCCUGAGCGGAAGGAGCCAGAGCGCCCGAACAUUAAAGAAGAGGAGGAGCAAGAAGGGGCCUCCCAUGUUAAAGAGGAAGGGGAGGAUGAAGGGUCCUUUCACAUUAAAGAGGAAGUGGAGGAGGAAGAGGCGAGUCACAUCAAAGAGGAAGAGGAGCCGCGGUCCCCUUACAUAAAAAAAGAGGAAGCGAAGGAGCGCCUCCACAUCAAAGAGGAAGCGGAGGACAUUACCAAGUUGCCAACAACUGGUGUCCCUUUGAAGAGUGAAGAUGAACGUCAAAGUGAGGACAACAGAGGGGCAGAGCCUCCAAGCAGCAGCGGCUCAAGUCGACUCAUGACAACAGAAGGUGGUGGAGGAUCACAAGCAGACGGACUCUUAGCUCCACUAUCAGAUAGUGAUGACACAAUAUCACACUCUCCUCACACUGAUGAUGAUGAAGAGUCUGAAGGUGAUAUGACUUGUCACUCUGACAACAAACGCUUGAAGUGUUCUCAGUGUGGGGAAACGUUUUCUUAUCAGAGCAAGUUGAAAAAACACAUGAGAAUACACACUGGAGAGAAACCCUUUGUCUGCUCAGUUUGCGGUAAAAGAUUCUCUGAAAAGGGAAACUUAACAACACACACAAGAACACACACUGGUGAGAAACCUUUUGUUUGCUCAGUUUGUGGUCAAAGAUUCUCUGAUAAGGGAAGCUUAAGAAGACACACAAGAACACAUACUGGAGAGAAACUUUUUUCCUGUUCCGUUUGUGGCCAAAGAUUCUCUCAGAAGGGAACCUUAACAAAACACACACGAACGCACACUGGAGAGAAACCUUUUUCCUGCUCCGUUUGUGGCCAAAGAUUCUCUCAGAAGGGAACCUUAACAAAACACACACGAACGCACACUGGAGAGAAACCUUUUGCCUGCUCAGUUUGUGGCAAAAGAUUCUCUGAAAAAGGAAACUUAAGAAAGCACACAAGAACACACAAUGGAGAGAGACCUUUUGUCUGCUCAGUUUGUGGCCAAAGUUUCUCGCAAAGCCACCAUGUUAAGAGACACAAGUGUGUUGGUAGAGAGAAUAGCAAUGAUCAAUGAAGGUUUCACUAUCCAAGCAGGUUUCAUCAGUUCUUCCACCAAGGAUGAUUAUAUUCUAUGUACCUUCCUAAAGGCCUCCUGUGGACAUGUGUUGAGAAUUAGCACUUAGACUUAAACACUUGUAGCAAUACCUCUGCUUGGUCCAAUGUUUUCUUUUUUUGUGCAUAUCAAAUAACCAAAUGAUUGAAAUAGACCGUGAGGAAACUUGGACUCUUUAGGGUAAGCUGGACAACUGCAUUUGAAGAAAAUGGACAUAAAGCUGCUUCCGCCAGGCCCCAUAGAAGCAAUUUAGUGUUCAAUGUCCUUUAACAGAGAAGUCUAUUGACUUGUUUGUCUUCUUUGUUUCCCACCCCCCUUUUUUUUUUUUUUUUUUUAGCGUGUUUUGUGAUUGCCUAAUUGUCCCUUACCCAUAGUGUCUCGUGAGUCGUGGCUACCUAAAAGAAAAAAAUGAGAACCCCAAAAGAUGAAAAACUGUUCAAGACCCAGACCCUUUGUUUCUAAAUCUAUUAAAUAUGUUUGAAAAUACGUACCCUAACCUACGGUCAAUAUACAAAAUAAACAUUGAUACAGGAUAUCUACUGUCAUGAACACAAAUUCUACCCUAAAUAAGUGUCAAAACAUAGAAGCAGAACACAACUAAGUCACAAAAAAAAGCAAUAUCGAUUCCUCAUCGUCACUUGCUUUUGGACAAAUGUGAGAGACAUAAUGAAUUAUUGUGGCCAUACUGUUAAAAACGUAGCCUCCGGCGACAUUCACACUGCAGUUGAAUUCCGAUUUUUUUUCACUCAUCUGAUUUUUUUUUUUCAUGACAAUGUAAACAGUAGUGGUGUAAACGAUUCCUUCAUUAUAUCGAUGUAUCGAUUUAUAUUCCUACGAUCCGACUGGUUCGAUCUGUGCUUGGCAAGUUAGCCUUCCGGACGUAAAUGUGUCGAUUUCAAAUGUUUUAAAAGGUAAUCGAUCGAUUGUCUUGAUAGUGGGAAAUAACGCACUGCAUUUAAGCCUGGCAGGCUUUAUAUGAAGGUGCGUGUGUGUUGUAUUUCCAAGAAAAAAAUGCUUGCAAUUCCUCUUCGCUUUAUUUUUCAGCCGUUAGCACUGUCAAGGCUACUUUCUUCUUUGUCGUCUCUUCGUCGUUUCCUUUCUUUGCCUCAAAUCUAGGCACUCAUAUCCGUAGUGCCCCUAGUGGUUGGACGUAACGCCACAGUUGUGUGCGUGUGUUGUUUUUCGGUCUGGCGGAUGGCAGAUGAUCGAGGAGGCUCGCGAGAAUGUUGCAGGCUCACGUUUGUGUUACAAAGAGCAGGUUUGUUCGAUAGUUUAGCUAUGUAUUAUUAAGACUAUUCCUAGAAGCUUUUCCUGAUGAAAACCCCAUAGUGUUUUGUUUUAGCCAUUAAUAUUUAACUAUUUAGAACAGGGAUUCUCAAACUUUGAGUCCAGCUCGAGACCCUCUCUAACAUCAAUUAAACAUCUUUUUUCAAGGGACAAAAAAAAACUGGCUCGACAAGUAAAAUCAAAGCUGAAGUAAUAUACAUAAUUAAUAGUAGGUUGCUGUUCCCCCUUUUGUUUUAUUGCAAAGCAAUACAAUCAAUCAACUUUUAUUCAGCAGACUCAUAGUCCAUUGGCAAUAAAAAAAAAAAAAAAAGACAAAAAUGAAAUUACAUCAGGAAAAUCGUUAUAUUGAUGGACCAUAAUCAGUUUUUACCCGAUUCCCUUACAAGACGACAACCAUCCAAGAAAUUUCACCUACACUGUCCAGUAUGCAGGUAUUUAUUUCACAGUCACACUGGAUGAACAUUUGGCUGAAAAGUUACUGAAUUGAUUUCCGGCCACUG